CGAUCAGCUUCCGCGCCCUCCACAGCUUCCUGAACACAUCCAUCCUGGCUGCGGCCUCUAGCCUCAUGGAGGACCCGGGGCUCUUGGUCGGACCGGUCGCAACUCAGCAGGGCCGGGUGUGAGAGUCACAAACCGGCCGGCGGGAAAGUCUCAAAGCACCGCCGACCGUAAAGAGCCGGAGGAGGAAGAGGAAAGCAGUCUCCUAAAGUUGUGUGAACGGUUAUCCGGGACCUGUGUGUGUCUCUGUAAGCACGGCAGCAUCAUGAGUGGGAGCGCAGAGGGGGUUUUCCUCUCUCCGCCAAGGGAGUGAGGAGGGAAGCAGAAAAGAAGAGGACAGAAUAGAAGAAAUAAGAGAAGAGGAGGGAAGGAAAAGGGGAGAGGAAAAGCAGCAGAGGAAGACGGGGAAAAGAAAAAGGAGGAAAGGGAAGCACCAAAACUUUCCUCUAAAGGGUCUUUUCACCUCAUACUGAGACUGGUCGAGUCAAAGCACCCGGCUGUGAGGCUGUGAAUCCUCCUUCCUUCCUCUUACAGAGCUCUUCUUUAUUACGUGACCUCAUGUAUCCCAAAGUAGGACCCACCGCUCAAAGCACAGGCACCCACCUCUGGAUGCUUCUGUGCCCCCUGCUCUGUGCUUUGGUCCAGGCAAGGGGCUCCACUCUGAGCCCCGAGGACUCGCAGAGCACCGUUAGCGAGUCGCUGCCAGAGAACUGGACCGGCACGAUAAUCCAGCUGCAGCCAGACCUGCAGACUGAAACCCAGAUGCCAACGGAAGCACAGACAGAGACUCUGCCAACUCAGAGCAGCACCAGCAACUACACAGGUCUUUCCUGUAUCCCUGUCCUGCCGCCACGUCGGGGUUCCUUCUAUGUAGAGGGUGGCACAGGCGUGUCCAUCGGCAGCGUGUUGGCCUUCUGGUGCAGGGAGGGAUACCAGCUGGUCGGCAGCGACAAAAUCUACUGCAACGUCAGGAACGGCAAAGCGCAGUGGAGCAACUACCUGCCUGUCUGCGAAGCGAUCCCCAGGCCUGAGGACCGUGGUCUGAGAGUGGCUGUGUUGGCUUCAGUGGUGAGUGGCGUUGUCAUCCUCACCAUGUCCCUGUCCUUCCUCAUCUGCUGCCUGCAGGAACGCUCCAGUCAGGACCGAGCCAAGAAAGAGGGACGGAGCAGUUGUCUCCUCCUCAGGCGCAGAGACAAGCGCUCGGCCCGUCGCAGCGAGUGUUGGCUGGAGAGAGAAGAGGGUGAAUGGGAAGAUUUUCCUCCUCCCAAAAUCUUCCAUCUCUCCCAGAGGAUGAACCCUCAUCUGGCUCCCGACAGCCCCCUGUACCUGACUGGAGGGCUGAGUGGAUAUGAGAACAGAGGUUACCAGAGGAGUCAGGAGAGUUUGCUGAAGGCCUCCCUGCCCGGACUCUACCGCUCCGAGUCUCAGCUUUACCCGCACGUGGUCCUGCAGAGGGUCCCGACUCCGACGGCCCCCUCCGCCCCUCUCGCUCCAUCCGCCCCCCUCUACCUCCACCUCCCCUCUUCCUCUGCCUCCUCCCCCGCCCACGCAACUGCCCACGCUGGGCCUCACAUCAUGGCGCACUAUCCUACCCCGACGUACCCGCCCCACCCCAACACGGCUGUGCCCGCCUACCACCCAACACCGGCGCCUAUCUACCCCAAUCCCAACCCGACACCACAGCGGCCGUGGCAGUAGCUACAGUAUGUCGUCCAUAGUUUCGGGGCGCUGUGCCAUCCCUGCUGAAGAAGUUGAAGGGACAGCUUCACAGGCACAUUUUGGAGACAGUCUUUUUCCUUAACCCUGUUUUCUCCCACCGAAGGCUGCAGAUGCAAAGUUCCAAAGCAAGAAAAGGUGUCCAACUGGAGAUGCAGCCAGUGUAGAAGCUCCCUGUUUUACUGCAUGCUUGCUGAACUUCUGCAUUUUGGACUUAACAGGAACUGAACACAUUUUUCUUGUUCUUAAUUCUUGCUGAACUGCUGCUGCUGCUACACUCUGCAAGAGGAGUGGAAUAACUUUAGCUUUCAAAUUACAAGAAAUUACAAGAAAACUUCAGGUAGCCGGUCGACAAGGGAACACAGGAAGUUUUACUUUAAGGUGUGCUAGUUCGGUUCAACCGUUUUUUGAAGGAUCUGAAGCAUCAUCAAGGACUCUGUCAUGGCUGCCACUGUUUAGGCAGCUCAAAUCUCUCAGCAGUGUUAGUUUUAGUAUGUUUUUUAAUCGCUUAUUGUUAAGAAAAGGAUCCCUAUCAGCCUUCCUGAGGUCCACAUAAUAUAACAUAAUCUAAUCUAGACAGAUACAGUAUAUAUAUAUAUAUAUAUAUAUAUAUAUAUAUAUAUAUAUAUAUAUAUAUAUUUUUUUUGCUGUAAAGCUAAAGACUUAACAUGCAUUUCUGAAAUCUGAUGUGUGAUGUAACCAAAGGUUUCAGGUCACUUUCCACCACUCAUUAACAUGUCCUGGUAUUUCCCCACACUGCAUGGAGAACACGGACUGACACUGGGGCUUUAUGGGUAGCAAACACACUGUGAUUAAAAUGCUGCUGUUGCUGCAGCCAACUUUGUGCUGUUUGUAUGGAUUCAAGAUACAGUGAUCGUUUCAGAUUGAUCUUUUCUUUCUCACCAGAAGCAUUGACUGGAGUUUAUUUUUCUCUGUCUGUACUGCCCAUAGACUGUAUACUGCCGCAACUCCAUCCGACAGUUAUUUAUGACGAAAGCUUGUUUUAUGGACGGCAGUUUGACUGGCAAAGUAUUUCAGCAAAGUCGUUCAGGGCCCCUGAUGGAUUUUAGGAACAUGUAGAACAAGAGCGGAGCCAGACGUUGUAAACAGUAAGGGCUCAGACCAAACUUCGGGGGGGUGGGUUCUGGGGGCAUUGCAGGCUUAUUUUGACGGCAGCUAUAUGCACUAUUUUUCAAGCCAUUUGAUAAUAGAAUGACUAAAAAUGUGUAAAAAAACCUGAUAGUUGCCCAGGAAAAGAAUCCUCCUAGAGCCAAUUUCCUAUUUUGUAUGUAAAUGUCUCCACAACUAAUGCUGAGGAUAACUACUGCCACCUAAAGAGAGGCAACAAAGUCUGAUGUUUCUAUUUUUAAGUUACAUAACAUACAUAGGGAAGGAAUUUGGCAUAAACAGCAUUACUAACCUUGAAACAUAUUAUUAGUAGGGUUCACAAAAUAAAUUGGCGAUGUUUCCCCAGUACUAUGGACCUUCCAUUGUGUCCUGAAUAAAGUCGUUAUUAUUGGCUCCAUUGAUUUGCCAGUCCAGUCAGUGUGACUGAGGGAGAAAUGAUGCAAAGUCAAAGCUAUUUUAAAACCUUAAAAGAUUCCAGGAUUUUGAGAAAACAUUCGGGGCUCCCAGAGCCCCAGAUGCCACAACCCCGCUCCGCCCCUGAUGUAGAAUAUACAUGCCUAAUAUACAUGACUGGAUAUCUGAGAUGGGUCGAAUAAUAAUUGCAAAUAAUUAUCACAAGUUAAUUUAAUUGAAAGCUGGUUUGAGCCCUACAUAUUGUAGGUCCAGAUCAGGGAUGGGCAACAUUGAUUAUAGAGAGGGCCACAAAAAUGUUAUCCUCACUACCUGAGGGCCAGAUUGUGACUGUGCACUUCCCCCAGUAGGAUACUGUAACCCGUAUCAUUCAGUUAGCCAAGUAUAGCUACUAAAUGAAAACAACAACCAUCAAUUUGAUAUUUGGAAAUUGAUUCGUGCACUGAGUGAGGAGGCGGGCCAGUUACCCAUCCCUGGUUCAGAUGAUAAGUUGAAAAUCAUGCAAAAGUGAUUUUUAAUUUCAGGAAGAUCUGAUGUUGUGUUGUAACUAAUGUUCUCUGUGUGAGUCAUAGCAAACAGAAGGAGGGCGGACACACUGUGAGACAGCUGUUUUGUCCUCGAUGCACUGGACACUGCACAGAAAUGCACUGAUAUGUCAUGUUUGAGCAGCGAGAUGGAGAAACUUCUGAACCAUGAAUAAUUCCUCGUUAUUAUUCCCUUGGUCUACUGUAUGUACAUGUAUUUCUAUCAUACAUUGUGUCCAAGAGCCCCUUUACUGUUGCUUCAGUUACACUAUAGCUGUGGGGCUGUCUUCAUUUUUAAUAGAAGGACUCGAGUAGACACACUAACAAAUCUGCACUUUACAUUUUUUGAAGGAGGGGAGGGGGGGGGAGUUAAACGGCUUGAACUGGACAGGCCUGAGUAUUUCUUUUACUGUAAACUAUUUGUUGUAUAAUAGUUAGACUGCCAUAAAAGCUGAAUAAAGAGACUUUUGUUUAGUUGAACAGG